CACAAAUCGGAGACCCUGAAUUCAGGGAGGCACAGUUUGCUGGUUGCCAACAACGGAUACAACACAGCCACACACACACACACACACAAGGCGCACAAGACAGGAAACACUGCAGCAAACAAGCAAGCAAAGCAAAGCGUAGCGGGCGGGAUGGCGGACAACGAAGAAGCUGCUUCUGCAGCAGCAACGUCCCCCACCAACGAGGAGACUACCCAGCAGAAGAAGAAGCAGAGCAAAGCAGCAAGCAAAGCAGGGAGCAAGGCCGCCAGUCGAGCUGCGAGCGCAAAGCCAAAGUCGCCAGGCGAUGAUGGGAAAGAAGCAAAGGAGAAGCAGGCAGAGCCCGCUGCAACAGAGGGCCAAAGCGCCGCCGAUCAAGCUGAAGCUCAAGGUCAAGAUCAACAGCAACAGCAGGGGCAGGAAAAGGGGGCAGAGGCGCCUGCAACAGCCGAGGGUGAAGCUGCAGAGGCGACCACUGGCGAUGCUGCUACAGAUGACGCUGCAUCAUCGUCACAGCCACAAGAGCAAGGGCAGCGUGUCACCUCAGCAGGGGCAGGAGCAGGGACGGGCACGCCCACAGUUGCCACGCUCUAUGCCGACGGCGGCCUUCCAGAGGGUGCCCUGGGCAUGUUCCUCACAGGCGCAACGCAGGAGAUCUUUGGGUGCAUCGCCGACGAGAAUGUGACGGCAGAGAAGCCGACGUUCCUGAUUCCAAUCGAGAAGAUUAAGGAAGACUUUCUCAACCGCGCAGCCGUCUCCGACUUUUCAGUCUGCAAGGAGCAGAUCCAGGCGUAUGACGGUGAGGAGCUGUUGGUGGUGUAUGAUCCCGAUUUCACCUUUGAGACAAACUUCAUCGUCUGUCUCACGGAACAGGCAAAGGGAGAUUAUUACCAGCGCGUUGCAGCUGUGGUGCAGAAAGCGGAGGAAGAGCGGAAGAAGAAGCAAGCGGGCGGAGAUGGCGGGGAGGAGUGGAGCGAGGAUAUGGAGGGCGUUCCAAUGCCGACAAAGAAGAAGAGACGACCCCCCGCCCCGUGGGUGUCGCUUGGCUCGGAGCAUGAGGUGGACGAUGCAAAGUGCACACCGUCGCGCCCCCCGAUCUGCCUGCUUGUGUCCCGCAAGCGGCGGCUGUUUGGAGCGCCUCGCACCUUCCAUGACGCAAUUUUCGACUCCGAACACGAGUUCCCACCAAACACGGAAUACAAGUCCCAGCCCCCCAUUGAGGACGCGCCACCACCACUGCACCGCCGCCUCAUGGACGCCGGGGCACAGGCCAUCCCAGACACCGCACACACCACCACCCAGACAACAUGGUACGCCCAUCGCAACGCGAGUACACAGUGGCGACCGCGCACAACAGCCGACGCCGCUGCUGGACCCGAUGGCGCUGAUGACGAUGGUAUUCCGAGGACAGACGACGAUUAUCGCCAGAUGGCAAAGGCGAUUGAGACGGCAUACGGCAGGAUCCGUCCCUUUCUGCUGCAGAACAGCGUAAUCAACGUGCACGUGGAUGAUUUCCUGCACCUCCGCGGCGACAAGCUCGUUGCGCUCGGCACGAAAGCAGACAGCGCCCUCAAGGAGUUUCAAUCAUUCAAGUUUAUGAACUUUGGCAAUUCGCGGGUUGUGUCGAGUGUUGACUGGCACCCCACAGAGUCUGGCGUCAUUGCUGUUGCGUACAGCAAACCCGUGACCCUGCAGGAACGUGUCACGUCCGAGAAACCAAACGAGAAAUCACGUAUUCUCGUCUGGGGACUCUCAGACCCAAUCCAACCAAAGAUCAUUCUUGAGGCGCCGGACGACGUCUUGAGCGUGAAGUUCUGUCCAACACACCCCAACAUCGUCGUGGCAGGGUGCUUCAAUGGGCAGCUCGCUGUGUUUGAUCUCGGCAAGCAAGGCCGCCGCCUCAAUUCAGGCAGCGUGCGGUCCUCCGACUCGUCCGGGUCGCAGGAGAUUGUAUUGCGUCAUGUCGCGCUGUCUGAGAUUGAUGACGGCCACCGCGCGCCCAUCACCGAUGUGCAGUGGCUGCCGCACGUGUGCGACGUGUCUGCCUCUGGCGCCAUGACGCAAGAAGACAUGCCCCCUGCCCACACGUACCAGCUCAUGUCGUGCGCGGCGGACGGCACGUGUCUAAUCUGGGAUGUGCGCGGCGAAGACAAGCUGCCCAGCAUCAACCUCAAGGCCCUCGACCUCGUCUGGAAACCACUCGUCAAGGUGUAUCUGUCGUCGGAUGCUGCUGGGGAGGUGAUGGCCAGCAAGUUUGCGCUCUACACCACACACCGUGACUUUGUGGCCGAACGAGCGCCCGAUCUGAGCAUGACCACAGAGCUCUGUGUUGCAACAGAGCAAGGACAGCUGCAUUUCUUGGACUGGCGCCGACCGGAAACAGAUUCCGGAAAACUCGGCGUCCAGCAGAUCCGCACGACAGUGGACGCGCACGGCGGCGCCUGCACCUCUGUUGCGCGGUCGCCGUUCUUCCCGGCGCUGCUGCUCUCUGUUGGCGGAUCGUCCAUUUCGCUCUGGCACGACAAGUCCUCCACGCCCAUCCUCACACACCGCCUCCCAUGCAUGGCACGCCCCGUUGCCGGGUGCUGGAGCCUGCAUCGGCCAGGCGUGUUCUUCAUUGCCCGUGCUGACGGCAGCGUGGACGUGUGGGAUUUCCUGGACACGUCGUACAAACCGUCGCUCACACAGUCCAUCUGCGCCCCAACAUCACUCACCACGCUCGCGGCGGGCGAGAUCUCAACCUCCUCGUCACGCGGUCGCUUGUUCUUCCUCGCUGCUGGAGACGUGAACGGCAGCACACACAUCAUCGACCUUCCAAAGACGCUCAUCCAUCCCGUCGCAAACGAGCGCGUGCUGCGGUAUCCGCUGUUGUUGAAGGAGCUCGUCAAAUUGACGGCGGCGGAGGACCCGCGCCUGGAAGCCCUGCAGUCCGCACUCAGCACAACGCAGGACGUCGCAAAACACGUCAAUGAGUGCAAGCACGACAUUGAGAACUACGCUAUUGUACAGCGGCUUGAGCACACCUUAAAAGACUAUGUCGUCGGCACGAGUGGCUGUGUUCCAUUGGUCGAUCACGGGCGGCUGCUAAUUGACGGCGAUGUGAAGCUCCGGUUGGAGAGUGAUGGCCGCGCAGCAAGAAGGUACAUUUUCUUGUUCCAGCGAGUGAUGCUGGUGGUGCAGGUGCUCAGCUCGCUCCGGGCAACAAACGACGACGACAGCGAGGGGCAGGGUGGCGCUGGUGGUGUUGGUGCCACCAUGCAGGCUGGCGGGGACGUGACGCUUGUAGUCCCUGGCGGCGAUGCUGCUGCGGACCAUAAGCGGGAGCUGCGUGCUGUGUAUGAGGAGUUUAAGAAGACGGAGAAGGACUUCCUGGUGCAGGUUGGCCUGCGAACCGAGGGCGAUGAGGAGGAGGACAUGGCGUGAUGAUUUUGGUGACUUGAUCGUGAUUGUGGAUGCGUUGGUGGUGGUGGCGUUGGUGGUGGUGGUGGUGGUGGUGGUGGUGGCGGCGGUGGUUUUGCUGCGAUACCACUUG